AUGUCCGUCACAACGCAAGCAACCAUCGCCUCCUUCGGCGGAAAGCUGCUCAAGCUCAGCCAUGCCGCCACCUCCACCCGUUGCGAAAUGUCCUUCAACCUCUACCUGCCGCCCCAGGCCUUCCAGAACCCCUCGCAGAAAGUCCCCGUCCUCAUCUACCUGUCCGGUCUGACCUGCACGGCCAACAAUUGCUCCGAGAAGGGCUUCUUCCAGCACGGCGCCAGCAAGAAGGGUAUCGCUGUGCUUUACCCGGACACCAGCCCGCGAGGAUUGAACAUUCAGGGCGAGGACGACUCCUGGGACUUCGGCACCGGUGCCGGAUUCUACGUGGAUGCCACCAAGGCGCCCUACCAGGGUGGCUACAACAUGUACACCUACGUGACGGAGGAGCUGCCCAAGACCGUCUUUGCCGCGUUCCCUCAGCUGGAUGAGAGCCGUGUCAGUAUCACCGGUCACAGUAUGGGUGGCCAUGGUGCUCUGACCCUGUUCCUCCGCAACCCGGGCAAGUACAAGUCCGUCUCCGCCUUUGCACCCAUCUCCAACCCCAUCAACUGCCCAUGGGGCCAGAAGGCCUUCGGUGGCUACUUCGGCGAGGACCAGCAGGAGAAGUGGAAGGAGCACGACGCGACAGAGCUCGUGAAGAAGUGGAAGGGGCCGUUGGAUGUGCUCAUUGACGUGGGUACCGGCGACAACUUCUACAAGCAGGGCCAGCUUCUGCCCGAGAACUUCGAGAAGGCGGCCAAGGAGGCCGGCGUCGAGGGCCUCAAGGUCCGCUACCAGCCGGACUAUGACCACAGCUACUACACGAUGGCGACGUUCGCGGACGACCACGUCGAGCACGCGGCCAAGUACUUGUUUGCAUAGUGGGUUGAUUUCCCUUUUCCAAUCCCUGUUGUUGCAUGGAUCGUGAUUGGUGAAUGUGCCUAUAAUGAAUGACCGCGAUGACUGGAUGGAGCGUCUUCUGAUGUUGGCAGCGAUCGUCCGGCGAAAUCCAUGAUCUAGAUAAAAUGAAUUACGACUGCUCAGAUGACCUGAUCCCAUUCGCGUAGAUAGAUUAGAAGGAUGUAUGUACAUACCCGGUUAAACAAU